GUCUCCUCACUCACAGACAUGAUGCUGACUCCCAUGGCCCUGCCCAGCAUGUCCUGGAUGCUGCUUUCCUGCCUCAUGCUCCUGUCUCAGGUGCAAGGUGAAGACACUCAGGAGGAACAGGCCUCUCCACGCAUCAGGUGUCCCAAAGGCUCCAAGGCCUAUGCCUCCUACUGCUAUGCCUUCUUUACCACACCAAAAUCCUGGAUAGAUGCAGAUUUGGCCUGCCAGAAGCGGUCUGAAGGACACCUUGCGUCUGUGCUCAGUGGGGCUGAAGCCUCCUUUGUGUCCUCCUUGGUCAAGAGCGUUGCGAACAGCUACUCAUAUGUCUGGAUUGGGCUCCAUGAUCCCACGCUUGGACAAGAACCCAAUGGUGCUGGAUGGGAGUGGAGCAGCACUGAUGUGCUGAAUUACGCAAACUGGGAGAGGAAUCCUUCCACUGCUUCAGACCGUGGUUAUUGUGGGGGCGUGUCACGAAGCUCAGGAUUUCUGAGGUGGAGAGACUACAACUGUAAUAUAGAGUUACCCUAUGUCUGCAAGUUCAAGGGCUAG